AUGAAUGAUCCAAAAGUGAUAACAUCACAACGUGCAACCAAACGGAAAAGUGUGCAAUUUCAUCAUGUUCUUCCAUCAGAUAACGAUACAGUAUGUAGUGCAUCAUUUAUAAAAACAAAAAUUCAAAAAAUCGACGGCCAAUAUCAAGUUAGUAGAGUAAAUAACAACGAUGAUAUCAGUGAAAAUUUAAACGAUUUAAAUUCGAAAAAUAGUGAUGAACAUUUAUCUUCAUAUAUCAGUCGAUCUUCAGAACUCUUAAACACAAUUAAUAUUCAAAAUACUUUAGCGUAUCGAACAAAAAACGAUAUAAUCGAUGAUGACACUGCAGAUGAUGACGAUAAAUCUUCCGUCGAAUAUUCCCCAAAUCAAGAAGGUAUUUCAUCAAUAAUAAUAAAUCAAGAAACGCUGUUAUCAUCAGAAUCAUCAAUUCAACAACAGCGACCAAGCACGUCAAUUUCUGAACCCAUUAACAACAAUAAUAAAAAUAAAAGACUUAAAAAUAGUCGAUCUUCAACAAGUCUUGUUACACGUAAAUCCAGUCGAACAAAAAAAACAGCUAGUGAUGACAUUAAUACUAGUGAGGCAUUAAAAGAUGUUACUGCAGUCUCUGCUACUUCAAAUGAUUCAAUCUCAACAGUAACCAAUACUUCAACAAUAAUAACGAACAAUAGCUCUGUAAGACGUCGUUCAUCACGUCUUCAUGAAGAAAAAGAGGGAGAAGUUUCUUCUAUUAUUGCUGAAACAGCAAAUAUUAUCCCAAAUAAUAACAAACAAGGAAAUAAAGCUCUAACAACAUUAAAUAGUACAGUAGAUAAAACACUUACACGAAAUAGACAGAAAUGUGUGAGUGAUAUGAACAAUGUAUCUGAACAACAUCCUAUGGAAGCAUUAAAAUUAGUUCCUGAUUCUUCAGUAUCAUCAGAAACGCUCUUAACGCCAUUAUCAGAUCAAUCAGACAUUUUAGUCACUACUCAUAAUAAUGAGGUAUCAAACAAACAAACUGUGAUAUUAAAACAAAUUGAACAGAAUGAUGUAAAAGAGUAUGAUCAAGCUAGAAUUCAACCAACAGUAAUACUGAAUAAUCAAGAAUGUGAUAAGUUUGUUGCUGAUACAAGUUUGUUAACAAAGUCGAUUAGAGAUUCUACGCCAAUAAUGAUAGGUGAAGAAUCACGACAAACUAAAACAGCUUGUUCAAUAGUCGGAGAAAGAACGGAAACGAAUAUAAAUCUUGAUCUAGUUGUCAACGAUGAAGUAGAGAAAAAAGAGACGACCACCACAAUACCAGUCAAACCACAAGUAAAACUGAAAACGAAAGCACAAUUAAAACCGCUACCAAAUGAAGUUUCGUCAGAAACUAGUAAAGUAAAAAAUCAAGUGACUACAAAAAUCAGUCAGAAUAAACCAGAUAACAACGAUGUGGGCAAAUCUGAUAAAAUUGAACUUGAAAAAUCAAUAAAAACAUCUAUUAAUGAGAAAACGAGUUCUAUUAAACCAGCGAAACCACAACAGCAAUCUUUAACUAAUAAAGCACCAAGUUCUUCUGUAUUGCCUAUAUCAACAACAACAACUACAAACGUCUUGGAUGAAAAAAAAUCAAUUAUAUCAAAAGUCACGUCAACGAUAAAUUCAACACAGUUAUUAAACAGUGAGAAUACUAACAAAAAUCGAUCGGUAAUUGAGAAGAAAACAAUUACAAAACCUGCACCUUCAGCGUCGUCACAAAAACCCACUAUUGAAACUACUAAAAAGUUAUCCGAUGCAUCAAGUCCUGCAGUGACAAAGAAGACAACAAACGAUAAUGUGAAUAAAAAUUUGAAUCAAAAAAUCCCUACAACUGUUGAUUCUGCUAUUCCAACAAAAAAGACACAAAUUAUGCUUGGUAAAAUACCGAAAAUACCACAAUCAAAUAAACCAUCAAAUGAGACAACAAUAUUUCAUUACAAGAGAUUUGAUAAUAAUGAUAGAGAAAAACGAAAUAUAGUAACAGACAACGAGGAUGUAUUAGCUGCUAUUAUUGGAAAUAAUUCAUUAGAUCGUAUUGAUAAAAAUUUUCGAAUAGGAAAAAAAAAACUAAAUGAUGAACGACAUAAAGAUGAUGAAAAUAAUUUUCGGCUAAAUACGAAUGACAAUAUUGAAGCACGUUCUAUACUAGAUAGUGAUUAUCAUUCAUCAACAUUAACGCUUAAUUAUUUAUCACCUGAGAGAGGAAGGCAACGCUCUCCAAAUAAAUCAUUGUCAUCCAAAACUUCAUCCUCGCCUCAUUCUCGACGACAUGUACGUCCGUCAUCCUCGAAUUCUGAUUCUCAAUCACCGACAUCCUCUUUUUCACCAGCAAAACGUCAAACUCACAAUCGUCAUCCACAAUAUAAUAAUAAUUCUCAUUCUCAUUAUCAACAAUAUUCAAAAGAGAAUGAGCAUGAAGAUAAAUGUCAUUCUCAAUAUCGGCAAUCUCAUAAUCAGAAAAAAAUGUCACCUGCUCAUAACACUUUAUCACCGUCACCAUCGAAUGAUACAAUCAAUCGUCGAUCUCGAUCAAACGAAUAUAAUGCCAACAGUUCACAAGUUGUAUCACGAAACAAUAAUUCUCAUCAACAGUAUGAUCAUGAUCAGUCGAAUAUAUAUUCACGUUCAAAGUCUACGAAUAUGCAAAAUGCAAUGACUCAAUCACCUAGCUCACGGUCUCCAUUUGGCAUUAUCCAUUCUCCAUUAAAACCAUCAGUUUUUGAAGAUGAGCCCUUAGUUUCACAAACAAAUCAAUCGUUAGUUGAGAAUGUCUUAACACAGAACUAUACAUCGUUAUCAUCAAAUGAUACACUUUUUCCAUCCCACUUUUCUUUGUCGCAAAAGCCCCUAUCAGUCACAAAAACAGUCAAAGAAUCAUCAAUUCCAGUAGUAGCUAUCGAACAAAAACCCUCAACGCAGGCGUUGUCUCUUUGGGAAGAAGCUGAGUCAGAUGACGAUCAACAAAAUGAUCAUCAACAAGCAAAUGAUGCAUUAAGAUUUUUUCGACAAAAUAUGCGUGCUGUUGAUGAAGAAUUGUUAAAGUCUCCAGCAACAGACAUAAAGAAUGACCCUUUAAAAACGAUAAAACGAGAACCGUCGUUAUCUUAUACUCACUUAUUAAUAAAACAAGAAAAUACAUCAUUUACUAAGCAACCGUCUACAACGAUGAGUGUUGAUGAUUUUGAAACUGUACCAAUGGACCUUGAUAGUCCGAAAUAUCGAACAUUAUCUGAUAAUGAUAUGGCAAUAGAUAUGAUGGAUAACGAUAAAGGUGAUAAGAAGAAAAUAGAGGGUGAUCGCGAAUCAGUAGCAAAAAUAAAUUCGAAACAGAGAACUAUCACAGAUACUUCGUCUUUAACAAAAUCAAAGAUCUCAUCACCCUCACGAAACAAGAAAAAGGGCGAUUAUGUUAAUAAUUUGAAAAAAAACGGAUCAUCUUCUUCAUUAUCAAAUCAGAAUAAAGCAAUAGCAGCAGAUAUUAAUAAUAAACCUCUAAAAACAACAUCAAUGACAUUGAUCGACGAAUUAAAAAAUUCCGUGAAUCCCUCAUCUGUCUCAUCAAACGUACAAUCAUCUAAUCAUCGUCCGCGAACAUAUUCAAGUUCGUCUGACGUGUCUUAUUCAUCUAUAUCGUCAAAAUCUUCUCGUGGUUCCAGAAAAAGCAAACAUCGAAAAACACGCAGACGUCAUCACAGUACCAAUAAACGAACUUCAAAGAAAAAAUCUAGUAAAUCUAUUCAAGACGAUUCUCAUCAAGUUCAAAGUGAACGAAAAAAAUUAGCACGUAAUAACAGUGACUAUUAUCGUGAUUAUAAUGAAUCACAGAAUUCGAACGAUGAAGGCAAUGACUAUUUUUACGAUACGCCGGCUCAUUUGCCGCCGAAGAUUCCCAUUUCUUCUUCUCUCUUAUCACAUCCAACAGUACCCUUUUCUCAUCAUUUACUUCACUCAUCAACGAAUCGAACUGGCGACAAUUGGUAUCCAUCCAAUCGAUCAUCAUUUACUCAAGCACAUACGCUUCAUCAUCUUCGACACUUACCACAAAAUCAUCCACAUCAUUCGAUAAUGCCCUCAAAUCGUGUUUAUUGGCAAUCAUCAGCACAAUCAUCAAUGACUCGUCCAUCAUUACCUGCGCAUCGUCCAUUUCAUGAACAUCUCUAUGAUACAACAACACCAUCGUCAUGCUAUUCGACAAAUGCAAAUAAUAACAGAUAUAAAUAUGAGUCGGAAGAACGUUUAGCGAUGAAACAAGCUCAACGAGCUGCAAGGAUAACAGGGGGAGGAACAGUGUCUUCUACUAUCACUACUUCAACUGAUAAUUUGAAUAAAAUUUCAGCAACAACACCACUAAAUACACAGUCUGAUGAUACAAAUAAACAUAAGCAGACAAUAUUGAAAGAUAAGAAAAAAUCGAAGAAGAUUAGUGAUGAAAAAGAGCGGAUAGGUAAAAAAGAAAAAGUGAAACAAUCUUUAGUUCGUUCAAGGACAAAAUCAGUAUCAUCCAUAUCGUCACAAGAUUCAGUAGAAAACGAGACAAAAGCUGAUGAAACCGGCCAAUUAGAACAACUUGCUUUGAUGCGUGAAAAACUACUAGCUGAACUGAAGCAAUUGUCAGACGGUGAGGAGGAAGAUGACGAUGAUGAUGAUGAUGUUGAAGAGACAAAGUCGUUAAAACAAAAUUCAACUAAAGUAGAGCAAAAAUGUAUUGUUGAACCAGAUAGCAAAUUGGAAUCGUCACUAAGUAAUAAUAAUAUUAGUAAAAAGAACGUUAAUCUUGCCAUGAAUGAAAUUCCAAAAUCGUCUGACGAAAAACAAAAACAAGUAUUAAAACAGACAAUUAAAUCACCACAGGAUGAUGAUGGUGAAGAAGGUGAACUCGUUGAUAGUUCUAGUGAAUAA